UGAAAGUUACAACAACUGAAUUAAAAAUGAGUGGAAGAGGCAAAACUGGAGGUAAAGCAAGAGCAAAAGCCAAGACUCGCUCAUCCAGAGCUGGACUGCAGUUCCCCGUCGGCCGUGUCCACAGGCUUCUCCGCAAAGGCAACUACGCCGAGCGCGUCGGUGCUGGUGCUCCUGUUUAUCUGGCGGCUGUACUCGAGUAUCUUACCGCUGAGAUCCUGGAGUUGGCUGGAAAUGCCGCUCGGGACAACAAGAAGACCCGCAUCAUUCCCCGUCAUCUGCAGCUGGCGGUGCGCAACGACGAAGAGUUGAACAAACUUCUGGGCGGAGUGACCAUCGCUCAGGGCGGCGUGCUGCCCAACAUCCAGGCUGUGCUGCUGCCCAAGAAGACCGAGAAACCCGCCAAAUCCAAAUAAAACUAUUAGAGAUUGUUUAAGUGAUCUAAAGGCUCUUUUAAGAGCCAC